UCAAUUUAGGAAGAAAGAAACGACGCCGAUAAAUACGUUUUGUCAGUGAAUUUAGGAUUGGUUGAUAAGGAAAAUUUAUAAUAGGGUGAUGGGAAAUACUUAGAUAAACUAUUUAAUAUUUCAAUAAUGAAAAUGCCUCUAGCAAGACUUUUGUUUUAUAUAACCUUUGUGGCAGCGGCUGCUCAAGUGUUUGGAGACGACUUUAAAGAAGAAUUAUUCAUUAAACCCCUGUUACCGUCACACGUUUACACGUAUUUCCAAUUCAUAACUCAAAUUAAGGAUGAAUCUUCCUUUGAACAUUCCCAUUUGUCUCCACGAUCUCUUGGUGAGAUAAUAUCACGUUUUCAUGUGGAGGAGUUGCACCUUACACUGACAGAGGGCCAAUGGAGGCAUAACCAGUGGGGUUAUCCAGUGCAGGAUGCUGCUCCUGGUGCCGAACUAUACGCCUGGUUCUCCCAUGAUGUUGUUGAUAUAGAUAAACAAUGGCGGGAGCUAAGCUCGACCCUCGCAGGUCUCUUCUGUGCUUCUUUAAACUUUAUACAAAACUACAACACUGUCACACCACAAAUGGUCCUAUGGCCCUCAGGUGCAUUUAAAACUAACCAAAAUGUCACCUCACAACUGAGAUAUGCAUCUCUGCCUAGAGAAAUAGUUUGUACAGAAAAUUUGACACCAUGGAAAAAACUUUUGCCCUGUGAGUCAAGCCGUGGAUUUGCAUCUUUACUCAAUUCAAGAAUGAUCCACAACACUAAUUAUCAUUCCAUGGGAGUGCACUUCAGGAAAAUGUGCUCUACAAAAGACUGCAUGCAGACCCACUUAGAAAUCAAACAGACGGUUGCUCUAGUGUAUGACUACAAUAUAUUAAAAAGCAGUGAUUGGUCAUUCAGAAAACUGUUUGGAAAGGGCUUGCCGGGAGCUUGUCCAUUAUCCACAAAAAGUACUGUAUAUGUGGAUGUAUCUUCAAAUGACACACAGUCUUUCCAGUUGCUGAGCCCACCAGACAAGAUGGAAUAUUCCCACAGAGGUGGAAGUGAUGUGAAGCUUGCAGUUUACGAUAUAGAGGCCAAUGGGCAGAUGAUCAACAUUGGUGUUAAGCAUAAUUCUAAUAGCAAAUUACUUUUGCCUGUUCCGCCUCCCUUAACUUUUACGCGCUAUGUGCUCGGAUAUGGAAAAGAAUUUGGUGGUAUUGUGACAGAGUUCACCAACAACUACUGGUCGCCAAUAAACAUAGUACUACUAGAAAAUGCGCCGUGGUGGCUGCCAAUCCAGCUGAGUACACUGAGAGUUAAUGGGGAAGCAGAAAGUAAGCUAGUCAAGUCACAAUAUUACUCUCCAGGCCGCAGCAGGCAGAAGCCAUACCACCUGGAACUACUGCUAACACUGCCUCCCAGGUCAACUACAACCAUCACUAUUGAUUUUGAGUUUGUCUUCCUUAAGUGGCAAGAAUAUCCUCCUGACGCAAACCAUGGGUUCUACAUUGGAUCUGCUCUUGUAUCUGCCAACCUACCAACAGCUAAGAAUUACACCAGCCUACCCAUCACUGGAAGCACAUUUGAUUCUAUCAUUAAUGCUACACAAUCAUGGUACCCCAUUGUGUUCCGGACCAAUGGUGCCAUGGUGUCCCUCCCAACACCUGACUUCAGUAUGCCCUACAAUGUCAUCUGCCUGGCCUGCACUGUGGUUGCGCUGGCCUUUGGCCCCCUCCAUAACAUAUCCACAAAAGAGCUGGUCCUCAAACCUGUGACUGCACCCAUGUCUAUAGCUCAGAAGAUCAUGAGCUUGCUUAAAAUGCAAGUUCAAACAGAGUAGCUUAAAAUUUUUGUUUAUUUAUUUUUGUAUAGACUGAUUAAUAAAUAAUGUUUUGAAAACACCA